AACGGUCAUGAAAAGUUCCCCCACCUUGAAAGAUAUAUUAACCUUUCCCACGCUGGCCUCUAUCACUGUUCACAGAAUUGCAUUUUGUGUUUUCUCUUGCUCUCCUUUCCCUCCUCUCUGCGUUCCUUUUGACUCCGCAAGGGAACCGAAUACUACUUUUAUUUGUGAUUGUGGCAUAGUUUCCUACCAUUCCAAUCAAAACCCUAACCUAAUCCUUUGAUUCAUUCUUUGUUCAUUAACUUACGGGGUGCUACUGCUGCUGUUAGCUAUUAAAUUGUCCGAGAAUGUCGGAGAAGUUUUCGGCAGCGCUUCGGAUCGGAGAUCUCAACGAUUUCAUCGCACCAUCGCAGGCAUGUAUUGUUUCCCUCAAGGGAUUGAAAAAGAACGAUAAACCAGAGGUAUCACUUGCUAACAAGCAGGUCAAGUCUGAACCUGUUAAAAUUUCUCUCAAGGAUUGUUUGGCAUGCAGUGGAUGCGUCACAUCGGCAGAGACAGUUAUGCUGGAGAAGCAAAGUUUGGAUGAGUUUCUGAACAAUAUUAAUUCUGGAAAGGCUGUGAUUGUGUCACUUUCUCCCCAGUCAAGGGCUUCUAUUGCUGUUCAUUUUGGCAUUUCUCCAAUUCAGGUUUUCAAAAAACUGACAAGAUUUUUUAAGUCCUUGGGAGUGAAGGCAAUUUUUGAUACCAGCUGCAGUAGAGAUUUGACCCUUAUCGAAUCUUGUGUGGAGUUCGUCACAAGGUAUAGACAGAACCAAUUGGUUGAUGAUGAAAGGAGUAAAUCAAGCCUACCUAUGAUUACAUCAGCAUGCCCAGGUUGGAUAUGCUAUGCCGAAAAGCAACUUGGAUCCUUUGUUCUUCCUUACAUUUCAUCAGUGAAGAGUCCACAGCAAACAGUAGGAGUUAUCAUAAAGAACUAUGUUUGCCAAGAAUUAGGACUCAGGCCUGAGGAAGUUUACCAUGUCACCGUAAUGCCUUGUUAUGAUAAAAAGCUUGAGGCUGCUAGGGAUGACUUUGUUUUCCAAUCCGAGUCCCAUGUUGAAGGGCACGAGAAUGAAAUUAAUAUGAUUUCAGAGGUAGAUUCAGUAUUGACUACGGGAGAAGUUUUGGAAUUGAUUCAGUCAAAAGAAGUUGAUUUUAAAAGCCUAGAUGAGACUCCUCUGGACAAAAUGCUAACAAAUAUCAAUGAAGAAGGAUUCCUUUAUGGGGUCCGUGGAAGCUCUGGAGGUUAUGCAGAAACAAUUUUCCGAUAUGCUGCUAAAACACUUUUUGGAAGACAAAUGGAUGAUUCUUUGACCUUUAGAAACAUCAGGAAUUCAGAUUUUCAGGAAGUGACUCUGGAGGUUGAGGGAAAAACAGUGUUAAAAUUUGCUCUGUGUUAUGGUUUCCGGAACCUACAGAACAUUGUACGAAAACUUAAAACUGGGAAAUGUGAUUAUCAUUUCCUAGAAAUCAUGGCAUGCCCUUCAGGUUGCUUAAAUGGAGGAGGUCAAAUUAAACCAAUUUCAGGGCAGUCUCCCAAAGAACUGAGUCAGUUGUUAGAAUCAGUUUACAUGGAAAAUGUUUUGGCAGCAUCACCAUUUGACAAUCCCAUUAUUAAAGGCUUAUAUGACAAGUGGCUUGAGCAGCCAGGUUCUGUGAAAGCUAGGAAAUACAUGCACACCCAAUAUCAUCCUGUUGAGAAAAGCAUUACUUCUCAGUUGCAUAAUUGGUGAGGCGUUGAAAUUGAAUUUUUUCAUAUUGUUUCCUCUCGAGGUCAUUUUAUGAUAUUAUAAGGGAGAUGAUUACUUCAAUCACUGUGUUUUGGCUCCUUGUGAAUAUUUUUGCAUACUGGAGUCGUCCAAUUUUGGUAGUGAACAGAUUUUUUAAUGUAUAUAGACCCUUUUGAUCUGCUCCUAUUUAGAUAGAAAAAAAUUACACAUUUUGUAAUUUACCACAUGGACCUCAGCUUUCUUGUUCCAGCAGGUCCUAUGUUACUUUUUAUUAGGGUCUACUAGGUUCUCAAUAAAUUGUUCCUUCAUGACACGUGACAGUGUGCGUGAUUGAUGAGAGGACGUGUGACAGUGCCUGUUGUAGCACAAAUUGUACCACUUAUAUUCGAAUGAAGCAACAAUUUUUUUUAGGA